UAUAUUAUACGUUUGUAGAGCAAGGGCCACCGAUUACCGGACCAAAACAUUUACUCGUCGGCGACUGCUAUUGCAAUGCCGACGCUUUACGUACCAACACUAUGGAGUCAUUUCGGCUUCUGCUGGGCAUAUCACACAUUCUGCUCUGUCUCACUCACCUGAUGCAGAGGGCAAAAGGCAAUACUGCGAACCAUUCUCUGAACGCGGCCUCCAAGGGUGGUUCUGCGUGGGAUGGUUGGAUUAUCAUCGGAGGGCACGAUCCGUGGGUGAACUCGGUCUUAUUCUCUUCCAAUGGAUUUAGGAUAGCCUCUGCAUUCGCUCACCCCUCGGCACGAAUCUGGGAUGCAGUCAUUGGGGACGAACUCAAGGUGCUCCGGGGACACGCCUACUGGGUUACCUCCACCCUGAAGGAUCCAAGCUAGCCUGGGCUUCCGGUGACUGGGCAGUACGAAUCUCGGAUGAGGUCAUUGGGGAGGGAUUCAAGGGUACACUGACUUGGUCAGCUCUGUCUCAUUCUCAUCACAGCUUCCAGUGACAAGACAGUACGAAUCUGGAAUGAGGUCACUGGGGAGGAAUUCAAGGGCCAGCCUCUGCUUCCAGUAAUAUAAGACAGUACGAAUGGUCACAGGGGAGGAAUUCAAGGUGCUCUGAGCGCACACC